UACCCCUCUGCAACACCCUUGAUCAAGUGCCUGCCACCAUGCUUCAAGGUGAGAUCACUGAAAUGAACUACUGUCUUCAACCCGAAAAUUACCCAGUUCAGAUUCCUUCUUCUAAUAAUAAUCAUAACUUGAGUAUGAUCCAACCAGCCCUCCAAUUCAACAGUAAUUUGUUUGGCAUCCCUCAGUCCUCAUCGUGUCUGAGCAGCAAUAACUCAACUUCGGACGAAGCGGAGGAGCAUCAACGGAGCAUCAUCGACGAAAGGAGGCAGAGAAGAAUGAUUUCUAACAGAGAAUCUGCUCGGAGAUCACGUAUGAGGAAGCAGAAACACUUGGAUGAGCUGUGGUCACAGGUGGUUCGGCUUCGGAACGAGAAUCAUGGGUUGAUAGAUAGGUUGAAUCAUGUAUCGGAAUGUCAUCACCGAGUUGUACAAGAGAAUGCAAAGCUCAAGGAAGAAGCUGCCGAUCUUCGUCGAAUGCUGACUGAUUUGCAGAUUAGCAGUCCUUAUACGGCGGUUUUAAGAGCCGGAUUAGAUGAUCAGAUCACCUGCAACACUGCCCAUCUCAGGGCUGAAUCCACUAUCAGUAAUGCGUCUAUAGAUCUUCUUCAUUGAGAAAUCUAGCUCAUCCAAA